AUGCCGGUAAUUACUUUUCGAACGAUAACGCAGUUGUCUUUCACCAUGGAUCUCGAACCGACUUUAACGAUGGCUGAGGUAAAAAAGAAAAUUGCUGACGAAAAAGGUGAAGAUUACGCGGUUGAGCUUCAAAAAUUGAUCUAUAAUGGGAAGGCCAGUGUUUUCACAUUGUGCUUGCGUUGGCAGAUAACUAUCGAUAACAUUUUGCAGAUUCUUGACGAUGCCACAACUAUAGAGCAAGUCGACAUCGACCCGAAUAAAUUCGUUGUUGUGAUGCUAUCGAGGAGGAAAGCUCCUGAACCUGUGCCUGCACCAACAACCACGACAGCUCCCGCGGCAGCGCAGCCUAGUGCUCCCGUUGCUGCAGCACCUGCUCCAGAAGCUAAAACAGAACCAGAACCUCAAGCACAAUCUACUCCUCCUGCAGAGGUUGCCAGUUCUGCUCCUGCAGCAAAACCAGCUGCGGAGACUGCACCACAGCCUGCUCCUGCACAACAGUGUAAGUUUAUUUGGAACUAA